CGAUCCCUCCCAGCGAUUCGCCCUAGCCCCCAGUCAGCAUCCCUAUCCUGCUUCGGGGGCUUUUUCUUUCUGUCUAUAUCACACCCUCCACCUGUCCCUCACCUGGACCCUCAAUUCUACGUAUCCCUACUGUCUUCUGCUUCCUUGCCCUCCAGCUUUCUGGCGCUCUGCACUCCCUAGCUCCUUUCACCUGCACCCAGUUCUCUUGCCCCUUCCGGUGCGCACCCCUUACCCAGCGCUUGGCGGUGCGCCUGCGCUCUGAGCCUGUGGGCUACGGAGUUGGUGGAACUUCUGCUGCUUCUGUUGCGUUGAGAACGGGAUCUAGGUUCCAGGAGCGACACCCGCACAGGGCUGGGACAGGUGGUUACGCUAGCCGCGAUGGGCUGCUCCAGCAGCGCCCUCAACAAGGCGGGAGACAACAGCAAGUUCCGCAGCGUAACUUCAAAUGAAUGUUUAUCUACCACAGAAGAAAGUGAGUCCUGUGUUGCCCAACCCACACCCCGCACACCAGGAAAAGAAUCCAUAUUUCAUGGCAACAUACAAAGGGAAAGCCUUCCCCCUCUGGAGAAGCCCAAGGCAUCAGUGGUGCCUACAGCUAAUGGUGUUGUAUCCCGUGAACGGCCCCUGGCAAAGGAGGUAGCCCCUGAAAAGGAUGCCAUAGACCAGAUAGGACCUACAGAGAAGACUCAGCCUCUCCAAGGACCUGCGGAAUCUGAGGCACCUCAUCUAGGUGGCAGAGAUGAUACCCCAGGAGCAAAAGAAAAGAAGAAAGAUGUGGAAACAAUGACAGAAGUUCAGGCUGUAAAAGGAAAUUCUCAGACUGAACUUUCAGAAGUCAAGGAUCCAUCUUCAGGGACAGCAGGAGAGAGGAACUCCUCCGGAACAAGGGAAGAUGCUGAGAAUCCACCAACUGUUGCAGUGAUGCAACCUCCAGGAACAAUGGAGAACAUUCAGCCUCUGGAAACAGAUGGAGAGCUGCAGCCUCCAGAAGCAACGGGAAAAGAUGAACAGUCCCAAUUUCUAGAAGCAAUUCCCAAAGAGAACAAAUCUCCAGAAAUGUUGGAAGGAAGUCAGUUUGUGGAAACUAAUGAAGAACAGAAAUUUCAAGAAACAGUGGGAAAUGAGGAGCAAUCCCAGCUUCUAGAAACAAUUUCCAAAGAGAAUUUAACAUCAGAAAUAUUGUACAGAAGUCAGUCUGUGCAAACUCCUGUAAUGAACGACUUACUCCACACAACUUCUGACGGUCCUGAAAACAUGGAGCAGAUUCAACCUGAAAGAAUAGUUGGAAGCGUGGAGCAACCAGAAGGAAUUCCAGAGACAGCGGCAAAUGUGGAAAUGGCUGGAAAAAUUCACACUAACCAAGCAGACCAACACACUGAAGGUGAGACAGGAGAAAAGGUGGAAACAGAGAUGGAGAAUGAGAAUGUAAGUGAAAGGGCUGAAACAAAAGAAGAAGAAACAGGAGAAGCCGUGGAUCUUUCAGCAGCCACAGAGCUGGGGAUGGCGACAGAAUGGUGAACAGACACAGCCUGGUUCAGUGGAGAGAUGCAGUUUGUAGUUGUGCAUCAUUUCGUGUAUGUGUGUUUAUGGUUCUUAACUUUCUAUAGCUACAUAUUUUGCACAAGGAGUGUGAUUGUAGGUAGACUGUUGGAACCAUGACAGUGAUGCCACGCUCUUGACUGUGUUGUUCCAAGAAACUGCUAAGCUGGGAAUGGUUUUCUUAGCUACUUAGGACAGUGACACAUUUAAAAUCAUAAUAGCCAGAGCCAAUAAAAACAGGGCUUUGUGAUCAUUUAAGAGUGUGAGGGUGACUAUCUUCAUUGUGGCAAUGGGUCCAUUCAGUAUCGGAAAAGAGGACCUAAAUAUAAGGUAUAGACCUGUAGCUACAGAAGGCUGGAGAAAGGAGGUAGCAAAUUUUAGGAGAAUUCAUGAUUAUAAGUUCAUGUAGUUCAAUUAUGAUGGAAUAAAAUGAACAACACAAAAUUAAUGGGAAAAACUUAGCCUAGUAUUUCUGUCCUAUCAUAGAGUUUAGAGCUGGUAGGAAUCUUAUGAGGCAUGCCAUCUCAUUACCUUCUCACCUUGUCUCUCUACUACCAAGAGCCUUAUUUAUCAUGAUACAUUAUGUUAAUAAAGUGCUUUUCAAAGGAAUGUGGCUUUGGUGCUAACGCAAGAUUAGUCAUUUUUUGCAAGGAAGGCUCCACAUUUUCCUUGUGCCAUUUUGAAUCAGCUGCUGAUUUUACACUUAUGUGAGGUGUUGGACUAACAUUAAAAGCAUUUUAAAUUAAUUGACAUUUAAUAUAUUUCAGAGACAACAAAUACCAAGGAUUAAAUCCUAGAUUUGUUGCUAUGUGGAGUCUUCCUGGGCCCUAUUCUUUUUUAGAUGACUGCAGCUUAAUAUUAGGUUUUAGGGGUAAAGAAGAUAAGAAAUCAAAAUAUUUAUAAUAUUUUGUAGUGUAAACAUUAGGUAGCACAGAAAAUCACUUUUCAAGAAUUCUUCCAAAGUUUGAAAGGGUAAAUGAUUGUACAUGAAUAAUAAAUAAUGAUUGCUAAUUUUCCCACCAAGUGCGUUGUGUUUAUGAAUAUUGGUAGAAUUCUGGAAAUAUUUGGUUUCUAUUAUUUGUACAUAUAUGUAUAUUUUAAGGUAACUUCUAAGAUGUAUUAACUACUCUUACUUUAGUGUAUAUAUUAAAAUGACUACUGAGAGGACCUGUGGUAAGAAUAUAAGAUACAGGGGUGGGGGAUAUAGCUCAGUCAGUAGAGUGCUUGCCUGACAUGCACAAGGCCCUGUGUUCAAUCCCCAGUACCACCAAAAAAGAAAAAAAGAAAGAAAAAAAAUAUAGGAUACAGGGAAGAGUAUAUCAUCUUAGUUCUGAUUUUAGUAUUAGUUUAUGCUUCUGACUUUAAAGUGUUCAAAGGUAGACAAAAGAUGAGUUCUUUGAGUGGAUGAUGUCAUCCUAUCUGCAAAAUAAAGAAGAUUGUGAUUUCUAUUUUAUCUGUCUUUGAUUUCAGGCAUUUAGCUCCUUUAAUGGUACUCUACACUUCUGUUGACUCAAUGAAUGAAUAAUACCAAGGGUUCCUAUUUAUACUAAAUUCAUUUAGAAAAUAAUACAUUUAAGCUGGGUGUGGUGGCUCAUGCCUAUAAUCCCAGCAGCUCAGGAUGCUGAGGCAGGAGGAUCAUGAGUUCAAAGCCAGCCUUAGCAAAAGCAACAAAGUCACUAAGCAACUCAGUGAGACCCUGUCUCUAAAUAAAAUACAAAAUAGGGUUGGGGAUGUGGGUCAGUGGCUGAGUGCCACUGAGUUCAAUCCCUUGUAUGAAAAAAAAAAAAGAAAGAAAGAAAGAGAAAGAAAAUAAUACAUUUAAAAUAUGAAUUUGUGUGAUAUUACCCUAAUCCUAUCUGGGAAACAGGAAAAUUCGUUUUCAUAUCACAAGUGCUCAAGCUAAAUGAAUAGCUUCAUGUUUGGUGUAGUUCCAAAACCUGAAUUUUUAGGUCAGAAAGUUAUAUUAAUCAAGAACUGAUAAAAUUUAUCUUUUGAGCUACAUGUUUUCAUUCAAAGAUAUUUUUUUUCUGACCAGAAGAUACUUUCAUACAUGUAUUUAGUAAGUAGAAAAACACGGACUGAUAAGUACGUGAGAUAAUAAAUAUGCUAAUUAGCUUGAUUCAAUCAAUACAGAAUGCAUAUAUAUGAAUAAGUCAUUUAUUCAUAUUAUGAAUAUGAGUAUUUAUAUUUAUGAUUUAUCAGUUGAAAUAGAACUUAAGGGGCUGGGGCUGUACCUCAGUGGUAGAGUGCCUGCCUCAUAUGUAUUAGGAACUGGGUUCAAUCCUCAGCACCAUAUAAAAAUAUUGUGUCCAUCUACAAUUAAAAAAAAUUAAAAAAAAGAAAUAGAACUUGAAAAAAGUCAGAGCUUAGUAUAAAAUGUAAGUUAUCACCUUAAUAAAUGGAAUUAUUCUUUGUAUCAAGCACUGAAAUAGGAGGAUUAAUAGGCAUAAAAGUCCAUUCUUUUGGUGACUUAUUAAAAAAUUUUAAUAUUUAAAGAGAUCUAAGUUUUCCAAAGUGUUUAUUAAUUCCAUUCUUUCCCAUUAGUGUGUCAACUAAUUCUCAAAAUUUUGGAAAUUUGUACAAAUAUAUUUUUUUCUUUCUUUGUUUUUUGGUACCAGGAAUUGAACCCAAGGUGGAUUACCACUGAGCCAUAUCCCCAGUCUGUUUUUUGAGACAGGGUCUCACUAAGUUCCUUAGGGCCUCACUAAGUAGCUAAGGCUGGCUUUGAACUCAUGAUCCUCCUGUCUUAGCCUCCUGAGCUGCUGGGAUUACAGGUGUGCACCACCCUGCCCAGCAAUUUUUGGUACUUUCUGUACUUCUGUCUAUAGUCUUUAAUGUGGCUACUAAGGCAUCUUUAGAAACUUUGUUUUUUUAGAUUUUAGGUAAAAUAGGCACUUUGUAGUCCAGUUUGUGUCCUACUAAUUUUAAUUUCAUUAUUUUCUAUGCCUACCUAGGAGGGAAAUGGUGAACAAAUGAUUUUCUAACUAGUAUCACCAAUAGGGAAUGAACAUUUUGCCAGUCGCAAAUCUAGAAAAUACUCAGGCCAGAUCCCAAACUCUUGGCUUGAAGUGCCACCCACUGGGGAUCCACAGAAUAAAAAAGUGUGAUGGACCGUGAUCUUAUUGCUUUUUCCAUUUAGACUUUGGAGUAAGAGAUUCUAACAAAGAGAAUAACUUUUGAGCAGUCAAAACACACAUACACACACACACACACACACACACACGUCACUCUUAACAAUUUUUUUCCCCAAACCUGGCCUUGAAUUAAGAAUUGCUUUUAAAGGAUUUUUUUUUUCACAUUUAGCUAAUCAGAAUCUUGAAUGGCCAUAGUCAGAUUAUGCUACUAGGGUUUAUAUUUGUGUUCUUUUGGUGCACAUAAUCACUUGUUAGAGAUUACAACUAUGCUAUUUUUAUAGAUAGUUUGGGCCCCAGCACCUCACUAGGAAGUUACAGGCCCAAAAGUUAUCUUUUUUAACCAUCACCAUACCCCUAACAGUUUUAGGAGAGGAUAAACUAGUAGUUGAUUUCAACUAGUAGUUAAUAGAUCAGUAUGGAUGAGUUUCAAGUUUUCUGGAUAUCCGAGUUAUUUAAAAACUUUUUGGGCCAGCUUCCUGGCAAUCCCAGAGACUCUGGAGGCGGAGGCAGGAAGACCAAAAGUUUGAGGUCAGCCUCAGAAACUUAGUGAGACCCUGUCUUAAAAAAAAAUGGCUGAAGGUGUAGCUUAGUGGUAAAGCACUUGUCAAGCAUGCACAAGCCCCUGGGCUCCAUCUUGAGCACCACAAAAUCAAAUAACCUUUUUCUUUUUGGUAAAAAUAACAAAAAACAAAAAACCACUGUUUUUGUUUAGGUACUUAAAUGGGACACAGUGAUUAUUUAUAUAAUUAUUUCAGGGAAAGGCUUAUUAAAAUUUUUCUUACUAAAAAUGAAAGCAUUGUAGAAAUUCAGAAAAUAUGAAUUUCUUAAGAUGAAAUCUAAAUAUUACCUGUAAUUCAGUUCAAAAUUCAGGUCAAAAAUCGUCACUGUUAGCAUGUUGAUGUAUAUGUGGGGUUAUUAUUAUUAUUUUGAUUGCAAAAUUUGUAACAAGUUAGACAAGGCACAAUAGUUGAUAGAAUGUUAAGUCUAUUGAAUGAGCACAGUAAUUCUAGAUUUUCCCCAUUGGAAUUUGUUGGAGAUAAUAAAUUAGAGAGAAGGGUCCAAUUAUAGUUGCUAUAUUAGUAAACCUUGAUUAGUGGUAUAGAGGAAAAAACUGUUCUUAAGUAUAUUAGUGCUUAGCUGACCAUGAUUUAUGACUUAGGAUUGAUGAAUAGUUCACUGAAGUGGAUUUUUGAAAUUAUUUUUAAUGCUUUCCAAUUACUAAACACAUGGUAGAAGUGAGAAGACUGUAAGCCCUUUUUAGGGCAGGAAAAGCAUCUCAUAUUUCGUUUUUCUUACAGGACUUAGUACAAAUUCAACAUUCUGUAAAUAUUUGUUGAUGACAAAUGCUGUUUAUUCAUAUACAAUCAAGGUAAUUUCCUUAUAAUUAAUUAUAAUUGGCUUUAGGGGCAAUUAUGGGAAAUUUUAUAAAAUUGUUUUGUACUCUUGCUUCAACAUUUAUAAUUUUGAUUGAAUAAAUAUGUCAUUAGAAAUAA